UAUUUUACUACAACACAAAUUCUUAAACAGGCAUGGCGCGUUACGAAACGUUCUUGCAAAUAAUGGAAAUGUGGAUGGGUGGCAUCGAAUGGCCAAGAGACCUCAAAGCCACCAAAGCUGGUGAAUUCAAUACUGGAUGCAAUUUCGAUUUCAUAGAUCUUAUACAAGUCUCGAUUUCUGUCACUAAAUGCUGCAAGGCACAUUUUCGCUGUAUAUUGUCGGCAGGAUCAAGCCACUCAUACAAAUGUACACAUUGAUUUAGUUAUUGUAUACCUGCAUCUAUCACCAACUUUUGGUUCCUCAUCGUCACAUCCUUAUCUGGACAAUUCCCAUCGAAUUGCCAUCAUUCGUGUCUAAAUUGCAGGUGGCGUGUCCUUCAUAUGGCUUUGUUCGGGAAGGGAAUCUUGAUAUACCGUUUCGCUGGGACAUCAUGUUGUGAAGCCGCAUUAUUGAAUUGAUACCACACUCCUUAUCUUGAUUCAUCCGAGAUUAUGGGGAACUACCCCCAGAUCCUCCGUACCGUUCUAUUUAAUAUUCUGUCUUCGUUGUUCGGUACUGACGUGGUUUGUAACAUUCACUUGAUUCCUUAGAUUGAAAAGGUUUUUAUAAUCUUAUCUACAUCAUGUAGGCCCUUUUCAAUUUCGUAUUCCAUACCUCUAUCGUUACACUCUUGGGAAUUUAUCCAUUAUUCAAUCUUAAUCAUGGUUUCAAUCCUCCCAGAUGGAAUGUCCAAUAUGGAGGCAACAGUUUCGUUCUUGGUCAUAGACACAACAGCCCUCAUUUUACGCGUCAUUUCCAGGAUACAAACAAAGGGUACGACGACGACCGGGCGAUUCAUCCGCUAUGAUGACUGGUGGAUUCUUGCAGCUUAUUUGAUGUAUGCUUCGCAUUGUAUUGUGAUUAUUUGCGACAUCACGAAGUUAUCAGGCACCCUCGAGCCAUAUCUAGUCAUGGAUCCAGAUCAUCGAUUGAAAAUGCUCGAGUUGUUAUGGGUUGGUAGCACUCACUUUCCUUUUAUCAUCACGGCCGUUAAGAUCUCGAUAUUAUGCAUGUAUCGCUCUUUAUUCAAAACGACCCCAAAUCUCAUUCGAUGCGUGGAUAUAACAAUGGGGUUAUGCACAAUAUGGUUCAUAAUCACAGUAUGCUUGACUGUGUUCGGAUGCACACCUAUCAGAGCAGCAUAUAAUCUAGCCCUCAGACUUCAACCUACCACACAUUGCAUUCCUUACGGAGAGAUAGUUCUUGGCUUCGAGGUACCCAAUGCAAUCUUGGAUAUUGUUAUUCUGGCCUUGCCUUUUUUUGUCAUUAGAGACCUCCAUGUCCCUGUACGGAAGAAGGUGCUUUUGUUCUUGGUUUUUUGGUUUGGUGGGUUCGUUGUUGUGACAUGCAUACUACGCAUAGCAUACUCAUAUCAGCCUCAUGAUCCAGAGCAUUUUUCUGGAUUCUCGACUGCAAACGAGUGGUUGAUGAUUGAGGAGGGGAGCGCCAUUUUAGGAGCCUGUGUUCCGACAUUUCGACCCAUACUUAAAGCGUAUUUUAAACUUCCAAAAUCUGUCAGCGACUGGUUCUCUUCGACACUGGGUGCCUCGAUGCCAGCGAGCAAAUUCUCUAACAGUCAUUCGCGAACAAAACCCCAACCAAGUCAAUUCAGCGAUCAACCUGGCCCUUCAUAUCAGUUGAAAAAGCUAUCAACAGCGCACUUCAAGCGUGGUAGAGAAUGGCAGAAUCAGGAGCUCGACACAGAUUCGGAUGAAAGUCCACUGGUUGACAACAGGAUUUGGGUCACAAGGCAUAUUACAAUUACCAAAUAGACAGAUUGAUCAAGCAUUAGGUCUUUUAAUAUAUUAUACUUCGAUUAUUUGCU